GCGCCCAGCAGAGGCUAUAAAAUUUGCGUUUUUCCACUUUCUUUUCAGUCUUUGCUGGCAACGACCACAGAUUCUCUAGUAUGUCUGGCCGUGGCAAACAGGGAGGCAAAGCUCGCGCCAAGGCGAAGACCCGUUCUUCUCGGGCCGGCCUUCAGUUUCCUGUAGGCCGAGUGCACCGACUCCUCCGCAAGGGCAACUAUGCCGAGCGGGUCGGAGCCGGCGCGCCAGUGUACCUGGCGGCGGUGCUGGAGUAUCUGACCGCCGAAAUCCUGGAGCUGGCAGGCAACGCGGCCCGGGACAACAAGAAGACUCGUAUCAUUCCUCGCCACCUGCAGCUGGCCAUCCGCAACGACGAGGAGCUCAACAAGCUGCUGGGCAAAGUCACCAUCGCUCAGGGCGGCGUUCUGCCCAACAUCCAGGCCGUGCUGUUGCCAAAGAAAACUGAGAGCCACCAUAAGGCCAAGUAACGACCACAUACGGAAUCGCCGAAAAACAAAGGCUCUUUUCAGAGCCACUU